AUGGCCCUAUUAUGUCAUGGAUAUGAAGUGUUUGCACUUAUGACUGACUUUAGUAGCCUGAAUGUGGAGCUAUUAAUCCUUUGCAAUAUAUUUUAUUAUGCUCCAAAGAUGUCAGAGAGUUGGAAAGGGCAGAAGCUGCCAUCUAGGGCAGAGUUUCAUAUUGGUGCCCACGUGACCAAGUUCUUGCGGUUGCAGAUGCUUCCUGCAUCAUCAGAUCGAACCAAUAGUGCUCCAGGCUCUGAUAAGACUAAUCGAUUUGCUCUUCUGUUUGGCACCCUGGAUGGCAGCAUUGGUUGUAUUGCACCUCUUGAUGAACUCACAUUUCGUAGACUUCAGUCUCUGCAGAAAAAGCUUGUUGAUGGUGUUCCCCAUGUUGCUGGGCUAAAUCCAAGAUCUUUCCGGCAAUUCCGUGCAAAUGGAAGGGCUCAUCGGUCUGGCCCCGACAGUAUAGUCGACUGUGAGCUGCUUUGCCAUUACGAGAUGCUCCCAUUGGAGGAGCAGCAUGAGAUUGCCAACCAGAUCGGAACUACUUGUACCCAGAUCAUGUCCAAUUUGAAUGAACUCACUCUUGGCACCAGCUUUUUGGCAAUGGAUUUCCUAGUGGAGCUGUUUCGUAACUUAGCCCAGAAUCAAGAUUGGUCAAUGGCACAUGCUUGUACAGAUUCUUAUGGCAAGACUUUGAAGAAAUGGCAUGGGUGGCUCGCUACUUCAAGUUUUACUGUUGGUAUCAAGCUUGUUCCGGAUAGGAAGAAGUUCAUGGAGGUGAUAUGGAGCACGGGGGAUGUCUACGGUGAUAUGGAAAAAUUCUGCACCAACUUUUCACCACUUCUUCAAUCGAUCCACAAGUUUCUGGUAAGAUACUCUUCAAGCUAUGGACUUUUUUGCUUAGAAUUCCAAAAGUCUUUUAUAAUAUUGGGUUUUAAACUAUUGGGGGUGUAA